CGUUGUGGUGGCUAGACAGGUGUAGGGACCCUGGGGACUCAGAAUCGAGUGCCACUCUCCUUUAGAUUAUCUCAACUCCGUUUGCCAUCAAUUACUGAUUGAAGCCAAACAAUCAAACCGGGAUUGCUGUCUACUGCCUUUACAGUACUCUCUCACUGCAUUACCAAUGCGAGGAUACUGUCUGUGUAUACAGUCAGCGAGUAAACGGACAGGAGGCGAGCAUGUAAAAUAGUCACUGCCAAAAUGGACAAAGGGAACUAUAUCAUUGCUUCGCUUCUUUUUCAACUGAUGGACUUAAUAUGCGGACAAUUAUUUCCAGGCAGCUGUUCGUUUGAAGAGCACUACAGCAGCUGUGGCUACAGUGUGGCCCUGGGGACCAAUGGCUUCGCCUGGGAGCAAGUCAACACUUGGGAGAGGCCCACUAUGGACGCGGCUGUUCCCACAGGUUCUUUCAUGGUGGUGAACGGCUCGGGCCGGGCGUCGGGGCAGAAGGCCCACCUGCUCCUACCCACCCUGAAGGAGAAUGACACCCACUGCAUCGACUUCCACUACUCUCUAUCCAGCCGCGAUGGCUCCAGUCCCGGGGUGCUCAACGUCUACAUCAAGGUGAACGGCGGCACCCAGGGAAACCCUGUGUGGAAUGCCUCCGCCUCGGUGACAGAGGGCUGGGUCAAGGCCGAGCUGGCAAUCAGCACCUUCUGGCCCAACUCCUAUCAGGUGAUAUUCGAGGCCAUAUCCAUACAGGGCCAUCCAGGGUUCAUCGCGGUGGACGAAGUCCGAGUAUUGGCCCACCCAUGCCGGAAAGCACCUCACUUCCUGCGGCUGCAGAAUGUGGAGGUGAACGUGGGCCAGAACGCCACCUUCCAGUGUACUGCUGGGGGGAAGUGGUCCCAACACGACCAACUGUGGCUACAGCAGUGGAACGGUAAAGAUACAGCCCUCAUGGUGACGCGGGUGGUGAACCACCGACGUUUCUCAGCCACCGUCAGUGUCGGGGAUACGUCCCAGAGGAGCACCAGCCGCUACCGCUGCGUCAUCCGCUCCGAUGGCGGCUCCGGGGUUUCCAACUACGCUGAGCUCAUCGUCAAAGCUCCCCCCACACCUAUAGCCCCUCCGGAGCUCCUGGCGGUGGGUGCUACCUACCUGUGGCUCAAGCCCAACGCCAACUCUAUCAUCGGGGAUGGCCCCAUCAUCCUGAAGGAGGUGGAGUACCGCACCACUACAGGCAACUGGGCCGAGACCCACAUCGUGGACGCCCCCACCUACAAGCUUUGGCAUUUGGACCCCGACGUGGAGUACGAGAUCAAGGUUCUGCUGACACGGCCCGGCGAGGGGGGCACAGGACCUCCAGGACCUCCGCUCAUCACCCGGACCAAGUGUGCUGACCCAGUCCACGGGCCUCAGAAUGUCAAUGUGGUGGACAUUCGGGCCCGCCAGCUCACCCUGCAGUGGGAGACAUUUGGCUACGCCGUGACGCGCUGCCACAGUUACAACCUGACAGUGCAGUACCAGUAUGUGUUCAACCAGCAGGAGUUUGCCGCCGAGGAAUUGAUCCAGACAUCAUCCCACUUCACCCUGCGGGGCCUGAGGCCCUUCGUCACUGUACGCCUUCGCCUGGUCCUUGCCAACCCAGAGGGAAGCAAGGAGAGCGAGGAGAUCGUCAAGCAGACAGAGGAGGAUGUUCCUGGCUCUGUUCCUUUGGAAUCCAUCCAGACCGGACCGUACGAGGAGAAGAUCUUCAUGCAGUGGAAGGCACCUAACGAGACCAAUGGCGUCAUCACGCUCUACGAGAUCACCUAUAAGGCUCUGAGCUCCUUGGACCCCAGUGCAGACCUGACCACCCAGCGUGGCAGGGUGUUCAAGUUACGCAACGAGACCCAACACCUGUUCGUGGGGCUCUACCCGGGCACCACCUACUUCUUCACCCUCAAAGCCAGCACCAACAAAGGCUUUGGACCCCCUGUAACCACUCGCAUCGCCACCAAGAUAGCAGCCCCAUCAAUGCCGGAGUACGAGACAGACAUUCCCCCUCUGAAUGAGACGGACACCACCAUCACAGUUCUGCUGAAGCCUGCGCAGUCCAGAGGAGCUCCCGUCAGUGUCUAUCAGCUGGUUGUGAAAGAGGAACGAAAGCAGAAGGUGCGGCGGGCGGCCGACGUGCUGGAGUGCUUCUCCGUCCCGGUCAGCUUCAAGAAUGCCUCCAUCUUGGAUUUGCCCCACUACUUUGCAGCGGAGCUCCCGCCUACAUACCUAACUGUGGUGCAGCCUUUCAGCGUAGGUGACAACAAGACCUACAAUGGCUACUGGAACCCCCCUCUCUCUCCAGCCAAAAGCUACAGCAUUUACUUCCAAGCCCUGAGCAAAGCCAAUGGGGAAACCAAAAUCAACUGUGUGCGACUGGCUACUAAAGUGGUAAUAGGUAGGGGACAAAAUACCACGCCGUACAUACUUGUCAUCCCCAGUGAAGGCGCGUCCACCCAGGACUCAGACGCUGUGGAGCCCGAAAAGCAGGUGGACAGCACUGUCAAGAUGGCCGGUGUCAUCGCGGGCAUUCUCAUGUUCAUCAUCAUUCUACUGGGAGUGGUUCUCACCUUCAAACGCAGAGAGAUACACACAUGGAGAACUCUGAGUGUGGGGAAACUGGCCAAAAAACAGAAGGAGACAGCCAGCAGCAGCAGCACCCAGAGGGAGAUGGGACUGGUGAGCACGGCUGAUAAGAGUACCACUAAAGUCAGCACUCUGCACAAGGACGACCCCUUCUCCACCAGCAGCCAGGACAUCAACGGUUUCACAUCCCCCUCUCCCUGCUCCUUCUCUCUGCAAGGCAAAACGCUGCAAAGCAAAUCCCUCUUGAAUUCCUACUACUCAGUGUCGAAGGAGCCAGUCCCUGCAACAGCAUCCAUUGACAGCAGCCAUAGUGAGAUGGCCCAGCCAUCGUUGACCAUCCAGACGUACCCGUACGGGGGCUGUGAGUCAGUGGAGAUGUCCUACCAGGCCGGCCAGUUCCAGCCGGCCAUCCGUGUAGCCGACCUCCUCCAACACAUUACCCAGAUGAAGUGUGGCCAGGGAUACGGCUUUAAGGAAGAGUAUGAGGUAAGAAUGGGCCUGACCGAAGGACAGGCGGCCCCAUGGGAGACCGCCAAGAAGGAUGACAACCGCAACAAGAACCGAUAUGGCAACAUCAUCGCUUAUGACCACACUCGAGUCAGGCUGCAACUGCUGGACGGAGACCCCCACUCAGACUACAUCAACGCCAACUACAUAGACGGGUAUCAUAGACCAAGACAUUACAUCGCUACACAAGGCCCCAUGCAGGAGACAGUGAGAGAUUUCUGGAGGAUGAUCUGGCAGGAGAAUUCCGGCAGUAUUGUCAUGGUUACCAACCUGGUGGAAGUGGGCAGGGUGAAGUGUGUGAGGUACUGGCCUGACGAGACCGAAGUGUACGGAGAUGUCAAGGUGACACUGAUCGAGACAGAGCCACUGGCCGAGUAUGUCAUCCGCACCUUCACAGUACAGAAGAAGGGCCACCACGAGAUUCGAGAGAUCCGUCAGUUCCACUUCACCAGCUGGCCUGACCACGGGGUACCCUGCUAUGCCACCGGCCUCCUGGGCUUCGUCCGCCAGGUCAAGUUCCUCAACCCGCCCGACGCUGGCCCCAUUGUGGCCCACUGCAGUGCCGGGGCUGGAAGGACAGGCUGUUUCAUAGCUGUGGACAUCAUGCUGGAUAUGGCUGAGAACGAGGGAGUGGUGGACAUCUUCAACUGCAUCCGGGAGCUGCGCUCACAAAGGGUUAACAUGGUGCAAACCGAGGAGCAGUAUGUUUUUGUCCACGACGCCAUCCUCGAAGCCUGCCUGUGUGGAAACACGGCCAUCCCAGUCUGUGAAUUCAGAGCCAUAUACUACAACAUCAGCAGACUGGACCCACAGACCAACUCCAGCCAAAUUAAGGAUGAAUUUCAGACUCUGAACAUCGUGACUCCCCGGGUCCGGCCUGAAGACUGUAGCGUGGGACUGCUCCCCCGGAACCACGACAAGAACCGCAGCAUGGAUGUCCUGUCUGUGGAUCGAUGCUUGCCCUUCCUCAUCUCCGUGGACGGAGAGUCCAGUAACUACAUCAACGCUGCCCUCAUGGACAGCCAUAAACAGCCAGCAGCCUUCAUCGUAACCCAGCACCCACUGCCCAACACGGUGGCCGACUUCUGGAGGCUGGUGUUCGACUACAACUGCUCCUCGAUAGUAAUGCUCAACGAGAUGGAUGCCGCACAGUUGUGCAUGCAGUACUGGCCCGAGAAGAGCUCCUGCUGCUAUGGCCCCAUCCAGGUGGAGUUCAUCUCAGCCGACAUCGACGAAGAUAUCAUCAACCGCAUCUUCAGGAUCUGCAACAUGGCCAGGCCCCAGGACGGUUACCGUUUGGUGCAGCAUUUCCAGUUCAUUGGCUGGCCCGCUUACCGCGACACGCCCCUGUCCAAGCGUUCUAUCCUGCAGCUGGUGAGACGUCUGGCCAAGUGGCAGGAGCAGUACGACGGGGGAGACGGACGCACCGUGGUCCACUGCCUGACGGGUGGUGGACGGAGUGGUACCUUCUGUGCCAUCUGCAGCAUCAGUGAGAUGAUCCAGCAGCAGAACAUUGUAGACGUGUUCCACACCGUCAAGACGCUGAGGAACAACAAAUCCAACAUGGUGGAGACUAUGGAACAGUAUAAAUUCUGCUAUGAAGUUGCUCUGGAGGCCCUUAGCGCAUUCUGAGAGACUGCCUCUCGUGUCCGUGGGACACAGUGCUGACUGCAGAAACACCAACCCAUCCGAGGCAGGGGAUGUGUGGGUGCAACCACACACACAUGAAACUGUACAGAAGAAGAAAAAAACGCCCUACACACUGGGUUCAUGUGCGCACUUCUGCAAGACUGGGACCGCUUUUGUUUGUAUAAAGAAAAAAUGAAAUGACAACCUCAACCCUUUUCUUCUUUCUUCAGUGUCCAUCUUGAACUGUGAUGUGAUCUUGUACCAGUCAUUUCCUUUUUAGAUAUAUGCCUUGAAUGUCACACCCUCAAUGUAAAAGUACAACCCUGGAAGAUUAGCUGAGAUCAUGGGGAUCCUAAUAACAAUACAUGCAGACCAACCAACAGAACCGAUACCACCAGACAGACAAAGACAGAAGAUUCAAACUCUCCCUGGCUUUGCACCUCUUUUUAAUGAACCUUAAUAACGACUGUAUUAUAUGCCCCCCCCCCUUCUACGAUUGAACAUAAAAUGGCAGAUACAUUUUGUAAUUCUCUGGAUUUUGUGGUUCUUGCAACAUGUUUACAUCCAUGUUCACACACUGAUUUUCUCACAUUCGCAAUGUGAUGUCUUCAGUUUGUUUUGAUAUUGUGGCAUGUUCUCAUCAUUCUGGUGUCCCAUGGCUCUUGUGCUAUGCAGACAAUCAUGAAUUCCGAGGCCCAUUCUGGUUUUCUCCAUUGACAGGGAGAGUCAGUCAACGCUUUAGCAUUCUAUGCUGGCGCUACGUAUACAGUAUUCAUCAAAGCGUUCAUGUGUUUUGUAUUUUGCACUGCUUUACCUUCAAACACCCAUUCAACUCUUGUGUAAUUUGAUCGACAGUGCCAUAUUCACAUCUUUAAGCGCACGUACGAUUUUAACCAAAUUGUGAAGAAACGUGUCAGCCCGAAGGAUGGAGUGGGAUAAUGUUCUAGUAAUAUGCACCUCAAGCUUGUCAAACACUGUAGCAGCCCCUGCCCUACUGUUGCCCAACCUCAGGUUUUGGUGAGAAGAAUACUUUGCUUUUCAUCCUUGAUCAUUCUGCGCCCAUACUCUAGGAGCAGUUUGGCUUUGUGUAAGGAUGUCCUAAUAUGGACACCAUACUUGUGUUCUGCAAUUACUCUCUCCCUAUGCAUCUAAUACAUACUGUUUGACAUGGAAACAGAAUCCAGAAUCUGAAAUUGUGAACCCAACUCUUGAAUGAGGCAGGGAUUUGAUCCAAGCGCUCUAGUUUUAUAGGCAAUGUUACCGCGUUUGCAUAAAUCACAUUCAAGGUAGACUGCAGAUGUUGGCUCAUUUGGAAAUUGCCUAUAAAUUACAAGCGUUCUAUGGUGCGAGUCCCAGCCUGAAUUUUGCAAGCUAACUGUUUUAUUUUUAUUUGUUGUGUUUUCUGUCCAUUGAAUGGUUUUAGUACAGUGUUGUAUAGGGCUUUUUCAGUAGAAUGUUUUGCUCAACAUGGACAGUGACUUGAAGAAGUCUUACAUCAACUCACAGCGUAGUUGUUCUAUUGACAUGCGGUUGUUUGGUGACUGAAAGCACAAAGAGAAACAGUGUUGGAUUUUGAAUGGAAGAGAGGAUAAUGUGAAUGCAAGUUGUUUUCCUUUUUUCCCCGAUAGGCUUUAUUUGGCUUUUCAUAUCUCCACUAGCUGUGUUAUAUUUUGUUUUCCUCCUUUUUUUCUUGAAUUUGUCUAACUUUUUUUUUUUUUUGUCUAGCAAAGUGAUAUUUAGAACUGGUGAUGAAAUUGCCAUGGUUGUUUUGUUGUUAGAAAAUGUGGUAACAUCAAAUAAAGGGACCAAAAUGUUGA